UCUCCCUAUCUCUCUCUCCUUCUCUCUUCCCCUAUCUCUCUUCUCAAUUUGAUUUGAUAUCGGAUUUGAGAGCGAAAAGCAUCUAAACCUGAAGAUCCAUAUCCAUCAAAAGAAGAAGAAUGGGUUCAGAGACCUUUCUGGAAGUGAUAUUAGCAGUUCUGCUUCCUCCGGCCGGCGUCUUCCUCCGUUAUGGCCUCGCUGUGGAAUUUUGGAUUGAUUUGCUGCUGACAUUUUUGGGAUACAUACCGGGAGUUAUAUACGCAAUUUACGUGCUGGUUGGAUGAUAAAGAUGAUGAUGGUGGUGGUGGUGAUGAUGAUGAGUUUUUAACAGCUUAUAAUUAAUUCAU